AUGUUUGAAUCAAUCAAUGUGACUGUGGAAUUGGAUGCUUUGAAUGCUCAGCACUACAUCAUAGGAAAAGGUUCAUCAUAUCAUCUUUGCUCAGUUGUGUCCAACUCUGCAACCCAAUGGUCUGUAGCCCGCCAGGCUCCUCUGUCCAUGGAAUUUUCCAGGCAAGAAUACUGCAGAGGGUUACCAUCUCCUAUUCCAGGGGAUCUUACCAACCCAGGGAUUGACCUCACAUCUCUCGCAUCUCCUACAUUGGCAGGCAGGUUCUUUACCACUGUGCCGGAAAAGGUUAAGUCCACACAAAAUGGUAGAAAGGAAUCUCAGAGGGCUGUUAGCAGAAGGGAGCAUGGAUGCUGGGUAACAAAACCACAACAGAUGUCCUCUGCCUAUCCCCUUGCCUAUGAAAUUGACAAAUCCAAACUGGUCUUAUAA